AAAGAAACUGUAUCGACUGUCAUACUCCUAUGCUUGCGUAUUCCGCACAUACUGUCAACAAUUCUAUUGCCUCCAAGAUAAAGCUGACAGACUCUAUGCAAUGACAGCACCCCAUUUUCCCAUACAAGCCGGAACUCAUCAGCCUGUCCCUCUGAGCAUUCAAAGCAUGGCUCAACCUGUGGGAAACCAGGGGCUCUCUUCUUAUAGCAACACUGUGCCGCAGCAGUACGGGUUGAUUCCUGCCGCGAGCAUGUAUUUCAAUCCCGCUAUCUUGCAAUCCAUGGAUGUCUCUUCAGAGAAGAAUCUGCAUCCAAAACCAGAAAUGUGUCAAAGGGUCAUGACAGGCCAGGGACAACACAAUCAAGCAUACCAAGAGCCAGGACCAUUCAUGCCCGCUCCUAUUCGCGAACCAGAGGUACCAGUGUCGGCUCCAGCCUGGACCAGAAGCACCAAACAUCGGCGGCUGAAGCCAGGAGAUGCGCCUGCGGCACUCGACCACCCGGGAUCAAGAACAUACAACGGUCAAUUACAAAUGGUGUCCACAUGGCGAUUUCAGGAUCAUCAGGGAAACCAGCCGCGGAGAGGCUUAUCACACCAUUCUAUCAAGCAUCGCAUUACUCGAGCCAUGGUCUCGCACCGCAGCGGUGUACCAAGAAGUCCGGGGGCCCAGGCAAGAAAUGUCGAAACGGAUCGGCAUGUAGAAUGGCCUCAACGCCCACUUGUACGACGCGUACCUUUAGCUCUUCAACAUCCACUACCCUCUAUUCGAUCGCUUAUUCCCGAACUCCCCAAAACCUUUGCAAACCACACAAAUGUGUCAACGGCACAUCAAAGCUUGUAUGGUGCAGCGAAACGGCAAGAGUAG